UUAUGAAAAUAUAUAGUAAUAUUAUUAUUCUCUUAUCCGCAAAGUGACAUAUAGAGAUGAUGAACAGGAUUGGUAUAUGCGGGGCACAAUUUGCUUCUCUUCCUCCUAUUAUUGGCAAUGAAAAUGAAAAUUCCCUCUUUUCAAUUUGGCAUUGGAGAAGAAGAAGAGAGCCUCAUUUUCAUUUUCGAACAACAAGGAAGGCAAAUUUGUCAACACUGAGCUGCUCAGUAGCAGAUUUCAAAGUGCUUACUUCUGUCAAAACUUAUUAUAAUGACAUUGUAAUCCUUGAUACUUCAGAUUCACGAGUCCUCCUUCUCGACUCUUCCAAUAAUGUGCAUAGCAUUCUUCAUAAGGGAAAAAAGUGGACUGAUGCAUAUUGGGAUGAGUUUGCCACCUUGCCGGCUAUUGUUCCAAAGGGUCCCCUCGCAAUCUUUGGCUUGGGGGGCGCAACUGCUGCACAUUUGAUGCUUGAACUAUGGCCUUCUUUGCAUCUCGUUGGCUGGGAGAUAGAUGAAAUUUUGAUUGAAAAAGCAAGAGAAUAUCUUGGACUCUCUGAUCUGGAGAAGCAUACUGAAGGUGGAGGCGUGUUGGAAGUUCAUAUUGGAGAUGUACUUUCUCCAUCUGUUGCCAUUCCUGGAGGUUAUGCAGGUAUAAUAGUUGAUUUGUUUUCUGAUGGAAAGGUUUUGCCACAACUGCAAGCGGUUACAACUUGGUUGGAGAUGAAUAAGAUGUUGAUGCCCAGUGGUCGGCUCAUGGUUAAUUGUGGUGCUGCUACUAAAGAUUUGUCUAAUACUUCUUCUGAAAUGAUGCAACCAGAAAUUUUCGAAAGGGAUGAUCCUUUGGAACUAAACACAACUAUCAAUGCAUUAUGCAAGGCAUUUCCUGAGCAAUUUAUUAUCUGAAAUGGCAGGUAAGUUGGAAAAAGCUGCCAAAGAGAGCAGGAGAAAAUUAUCUUGCGCUGACAGGACCAUUACCAGAUUUGGAUGUGUGGUCUGCUCGUGUCCCAGAUCAAUUAAGCUCUAGAGUCAAAGAAUGGAGAAGUUGCACAACUUCGUGAAUGUGACAGUGGGACUUGGCUAAGCCGUAAAUUUCCACAUGCCAAACCAUGCAGAGAAGGUAAUUUGUGUCGACAGAAAAAGGUCCUUUGCAAAUCCAGCCCCUCCCCCAAAUUUUCAGCUAGAUUACAAUAGUCCUGGAGGUGGGUUGUUCACAGAUAUACUAAGUCUUCCUGUUAAUGAGUUCUUCCUUUCCAGGUCUUAA